GCCUUAAACUAGCAAUCUUUCUUGUGAGAUUUUUUAGUAGCAUAAGAUUUCGACAAGUCAUGACUUUCAAGGCUUUCAUUUUGCUGGGCCUUCUUGUGCUUGGCUCUGUUGUUCUCAUCUCUUCCACUGUUGCGGCUGAGACAUCCAAAGAUGAGAAGAAAGUGGAUGAGGCACAGGAAGCGAACCCUGUAGAUGACGCAAAACGAUAUUGCGGGUGUUGCACUCGUUAUGGCUACUAUAGAUGCGGCCCACAAUGUUGUCGGCAACCUGAAGCUGAUGAUCAGCCUCAAGAAGUAGGCGACAGCCUUGAAACGAACCAGCCUGAUGGGUAUGGAUAUGGCGGCGGCGGCUAUGGAGGAGGCCGUGGUGGCGGCUAUGGAGGAGGGGGCCAUGGCGGCUAUGGAGGAGGAGGCCAUGGCGGCUAUGGAGGAGGAGGCCGUGGAGGCGGCGGCUAUGGAGGAGGUGGCCACGGGAGAGGUGGUGGAGGAGGCGGCUAUGGCAGAGGCGGUGGCGGUGGUGGAGGAAACUGAAAGGCCCCGAGCUAAACCCACUGUAUGAGAGAACUAUGUACAUAUAGAAAUCGUUCGUUCUUAAAGUAUGGUAGAGAAGAAUAGAUGAAUAAGCUCUCCAUGUAUGUAUGUUUUUCCAUGCACGAGAAUGAGUGCAAGAUAAAAGGGUCAAAUAUCACCUGGCUAUUUUGACCCCAGCUAGCUUGCUCCAAGGACUGACCAUAAGUCAUUGUAGCUGGUUUAUGUAUUAUAUAUAUAACAGUAGUAUCUUCACUACUUUCUACU